GCGGAGCCGACGGCCGAGCAGGGCCGGGGCGGUGCCGAGGCCCGGCCGGAGAAGGAUCCCAAGCCGAGUGGGAGCGGCCGGGGCGCGGGCCGGCGAAGAUGGCGAACGUGGGGCUGCAGUUCCUGGCGAGCGCCGGGGACGCGGAUCCUCAAAGCCGGCCGCUGCUGUUGCUCGGCCAGCUGCACCACCUGCACCGCGUGCCCUGGAGCCACGUCCGCGGGAAGCUGCAGCCCCGGGUCACCGAGGAGCUUUGGCAAGCGGCUCUAAGUACCCUGAACCCCAACCCCACUGACAGCUGUCCUCUCUACCUGAACUAUGCUACUGUGGCCGCCCUGCCCUCCAGGGUGAGCAGGCACAACAGCCCCUCGGCUGCCCACUUCAUCACCAGACUUGUGCGGACCUGCCUGCCACCGGGAACCCAUCGGUGCAUUCUGAUGGUUUGCGAGCGUUCUGAUGCCUUUGCCUCUGCCUGUGCUCUAGCCCGAGCCUUCCCACUCUUCACCCACCGCUCAAGUGCUUCUCGGCGCACAGAGAAGAAGUCCGUAAUGGUGGAGUUUUUCCUGCUGGGACAAGACAAUGGGCCAGUAGAAGUGUCCACUUUGCAGUGCUUAACAAGUGCCACAGAAGGUGUGAGGUUGGCUGCCCGCAUUGUGGAUACACCCUGCAAUGAGAUGAACACAGACACCUUCCUCGAGGAGAUUAAGAAAGUUGGCAAAGAUCUGGGGAUCGCCCCAACCAUUAUCCGGGAUGAAGAGCUGAAGACAAGAGGCUUUGGAGGACUCUAUGGUGUUGGCAAAGCGGCCCUCCACCCCCCAGCUCUGGCCAUCCUCAGCCACACCCCAGAUGGAGCCACCCAGACCAUCGCGUGGGUGGGCAAAGGGAUUGUCUAUGACACCGGGGGUCUCAGCAUCAAAGGGAAGACCACUAUGCCUGGGAUGAAGAGGGACUGUGGUGGUGCUGCAGCUGUCCUGGGGGCUUUCAGAGCUGCUGUCAAACAGGGUUUCAAAGACAACCUCCAUGCAGUGUUCUGCUUGGCUGAGAACUCAGUGGGGCCCAAUGCUACACGUCCCGACGACAUCCACCUGUUGUACUCAGGAAAGACUGUGGAGAUCAACAAUACUGAUGCUGAGGGCAGGCUGGUGCUGGCAGAUGGUGUGUGCUAUGCCUGCAAGGACCUGGGGGCUGACAUCAUCGUGGACAUGGCCACACUGACAGGAGCUCAGGGCAUCGCCACAGGCAAGUACCAUGCUGCAGUGCUCACCAACAGUGCCGAGUGGGAAGAGGCUUGUGUGAAAGCAGGGAGAAAGUGUGGCGACCUGGUACACCCACUUGUCUACUGUCCUGAGCUGCACUUCAGCGAGUUCACCUCUGCUGUGGCUGACAUGAAGAACUCAGUGGCGGACCGGGACAACAGCCCCAGCUCCUGUGCCGGCCUGUUCAUCGCCUCACACAUUGGUUUCGACUGGCCUGGGGUCUGGGUCCACCUGGACAUCGCUGCACCUGUGCAUGCUGGUGAGCGUGCCACGGGCUUUGGCGUGGCCCUUUUGCUGGCUCUCUUUGGCCGGGCUUCUGAGGACCCUCUGCUAAACCUGGUGUCCCCACUCGGCUGUGAGUCAGAUGACCAGGAGGGUGACUUGGGAAGGGACUCGAAGAGGCGGAGGCUGGUGUGAGGCUCCCUCCUGGCUGGUCCUACCUCACAGGGCUUUUUACCUCACAUUGCACUGAUUAAUUGGAGAAAUAUACCUUAGGUGGGUUUUGUUUUGCUGUUUUGAAAUGUUACAGAGCUGGAAGUGGCUCCUUGUUUUAUGUAUUGGAAGCCAGCUUCAAGUUUGGUGGUGUCCCUGGGUGGGCAAGCAGUGCAGGGUGUUCCUCAGCUUCUUCAGACUGCUCUCUCCUGGGCCUCAGCAUGACCUCAGGGCCACAGGAUGCACGGCCCUAAACCUAUACAACCUUGAGUCUUUGCCUCUUGACUGGCACCCAUGCUGGGUUCCUGUUGCCAUGGCUCCCUGUGCAGGCACCCACAUUUACACCCCAGGUUCAUGUACUACCAGUGCCACCUCCUCAACCAGCCCACCCUGAUGAAAGGAUGGUAACUUGCUUCAGGGACCCAAUUCUGUGGAGCAAGAGGAGUCUUAGCUGGCCCCUUGGAAUUCACUGGGAUUGAAUUAAAUACUCUACACCACA